AUGAGUUCAGAAGCGGUUUUACUACUUCUUAUACCAUUGUUGGUCAACUCGAACUUGGCCGGAGAUGACAAUAACACAUUAAUCGACACCGGAAAUGGAACAUCAGUUACGACUGAAGAACGUGAACCAAACUCUUCUCAAGAAAGUAAACCGGACAAUUCUGAAAAUAGAGUAUCGGAUGACGACGCACCGCAAAGCGUACUGAUACCAGCAGUGGUUGGAAGUUCGAAUGCCAACAAUCUUUCUGAUAGUUUUGUCGGAGGCAUAUCUUUGGGAUGUGGUAAUAACAAAGGAAUCAAAACGAAGAAUAUUGGAUUCCCUGAUGAAACGACCGACUAUUUUACGCCGUGCGUCGUUUAUCCGCAUCAAGUGGUGCUUUUGAAGAAGAAAAUGAAAAUCAAAUCGAAUUGUCGACCGAUCAGAUGUACCGGAAGUAUUCGAGUUGCAGGGGCGAAUUUUAGCGAAGAUGUGAAAAAAUAUUCAAUGGAUGGAGUCGCGAAGGUUUUGGAUUUCGAUAAAACGGUCGAAUCGAAGAAAGCAGUUCGCUAUAAGCCUUCUGAGCCGAUGUUCGACGCGGAAAUGCCUCAUUUGUGCAAUCAAUUCACAUACGACGACGUCGAAACGCAGCUGGCGAUAUUCAACGAGCCGUAUUGUCAUGUCGAUAUACAAGGCCAGGAGGGCGUUUUCGAACUUGCUGCGCGUUACACCCUGGACAACAAUUUUGGAGUUUUCGAUAUUUAUGGCUCAUUCUAUGGAGAAAAAGAAGAACUUGAUUAUAUGAUAUCAGCGAGUUAUGGUAGUCUUUUGGAUUCGUACAAAAUGGAUGGAUUGGAGUAUAAGCAAUGCGAUUUGAGUUGCGAUCGAGGAACCAUACUCAAAUACACAUUCAAAAAAGAUGCCGUUUGGUUUCUUGAGUUCUAUGUGAAACGGAGCACCGAUUUUGUCAAAUUGUGCUUCGAUCCCGAAUUCUUCACCGAUACGAAAAAAAUUCCGAAAUGUCGUCCAGAUCGAAUCAUGACAAUUCUUUUGAGAAAUGGACUCGUCAUUUGGCCGGAUAAUGAUUUGGCUGUUCGAAUGCGAUUCGGAGCCAGUGCUCGAGACAUCGUCCAAGAAGGAACCCCAACAUUCUACAAUUUCGCCAUAAUUUUUACGCCAUUAAAUGGAAAGAAUCAACUCGGGCUCUUCACAAGAUAUAGACAAAGUUCAUUCACCGGAUCCGAUGGGUACAAUCCGAAAACGUUCCGUCAAGUGGCCGUAUUUCUGCCGUCAGAGGACUCACUUCUCGACAACUUCGGAAUUAUUCCCACCAACAUGGAAGCUGCAAUGACUCUUGUGAAAACAUCAACGAAUGUCAAACGAGUUGAUGCGAGCAAAAAGGUUUUUGACAAAAAAGAAUUGGAGAAGACUUUUAAUCAAUCGGAACGAGAAUUUACCUCAACCAAACCGCCAGCUCCGAUUCCAAAGUCGACGACGGCACCACCAGAAAUCGUCUAUAUCAAAGAUUCGAUUUCUGAGCACUCUCGCGAAUAUUCUAGUCAAUUUAAGAAAGGCAAAUGGCUUUUGUUCGGAAUUUAUCUCGGAUUUGUUAUCGGAACACUUUCAAUUGUUCUUGUUGGGGGAGUAAUCUUUUAUUUCUUUCGACGAACCUUCUAUAUCACUUGGUAUCGCGCAAUGUUCAAACGUUAUGCUUGCGACGCAUCUGGGAAAACGGGUGGAGUGACUGGUGUUGGAUUUGGAACUGAGAUCACCGGGGAACAAACAAUCGGACAAACAUCAAUGAAGUCGACGAUGGAAACUUCUGGUGGAGGGGAUAGUUUGGGAUUAUGA